AGAGGGUAGAGAGAAGGCGGGUUGCGCGCGAGAGCCUCGUCGUUCCGAGGCCGAGGCCCUUUCCCCCCACACCGUCUUCCCCACCAUCCUUCCAGGAAGGGCCAGGGCUACGGCUUGCAGGAUUAGCUCGGAAACUUCCUGCCUCUUCCGCCAUCCUUGUCCCUUCCCCUCCUUUUCCCGUGUGGGGAUCCUUCCUUUCCUUUCUCUUUCUGGCUUUCUUCCUUUCUCCUCCUUGGUUUUGUUUCUCUGUUUGUGAUCGCAGCCGCAGGAGAGGUAUCUUCGGGAGCGUGCGCCGAGGUCCAGGCGAGAGCCGUCCGAUUGGAUAGGAAUCCGUUUCUUUUCGUUGAAGAUUAGCUUUCUUGUGGUCUUUUGUGGCCUAAGAGAUCUGUGAGAGCAUCUAAUUGUGAUCCCUUCGCCAAGGGAGGAGAUUUUCUUGCUGGAGAUGGCUACCGGAGCGGAGGUUACUGAUACAUCUAACCGGAUUGACAUGGACGAAUCGGCCGAGCUAUUGUUUCAGCGUCGAUGCGGCUGCUUCUGGUUCAGUUGUUUCCCGUCCGACCGGUCCACGCGGAGGUCGUCGUGCAUCCGCGGCGAGUGGUGGGAGAGGGUAAAGACAGCCGCCGAGGAGCCAGACAACAGCGACAGGUGGUGGGUAAGAGGAUGGAACGCGCUGAGGCGAGUGAGGGAGUGGUCGGAGAUCGUGGCCGGGCCCAAGUGGAAGACGUUCAUCAGGAGAUUCAAUCGGCACGGCAGAGGCCGUCUUGGGAAGUACCAGUACGACCCGCUCAGUUACAAGCUCAACUUCGACGAAGGCGGGCCGAACCAGGAAGCCGACUACGCGUACGGCGACUUCUCCACGCGCUUCGCUGCCCCGCUCAACAAGUCCAGAGAUCUCUCAAAAGAUAUGCCGGUUUUCAUGGCGGCUCAUUGACGACGACGAGCAGGAUGAAACGAAAAACCGUAAGCUGAAGAAUUACCUUAUCCUCUCCAUUUCUCCGUGUAAAAUUCUGUUCUUCUUGCGGAUUUUUUGUCCCCAAUAAACUCAUUGUAUUCUUUUUUU